GAAAAUUGGAGGCAAGUUGUUCUUAAUAGGGCACUUGGGGGCCGAUCCUCAGCGCAAAUAUGUCUAGAUCCGUUAAGACAGAUUCCGAUCCCUCGCCUGGUAAUAUCACCCUAAGACGGAAGGAUUGGUUCGUAGUUGACAAUGGUAGUCGCAAAUAGGUACAUCCUAAAGACGAGCUUAUACAAUGGUCCGCAUAGGUACCGACUUACGGUGACCUAUGUUCUCAUGCGCUAUCACUCGGUCGCGUUGUCUGGAAUAUCUCCACCUAAUGACCUAGGUGAGACCCAAUAAGCUAGUUAUUGGAUGAACAGACACAUCUGCGACGAGUACAUUUGACGUGCGACAUAGCGGAGCACCGACGCGGGACAGGGAACUUGAUGCUCGUAUACCCUCGACCAAUCACAGUCGUGAUUCGACCGGGAGGCUCCGAAAUCAAAGGAUCCGCUGCUUCGGAGAUAUCGAGGUCAAGGACUUCAACUCUCAGGAUAAAUAGUCCACCAUUCGCCUUGAAUGCAGAAGAAUUCAAGCAGAUGAAAAGCAUCCUAUCUAUCACCAAUCUACUCAGACUCAAACUUUGAACCUCCGCUUUCGAACUCUAUCCAAUGGCUUCACAACAAGAGAAGACUCAAGCCACGAUCCAGGCUGUGCGCGAAGUCGCAAAGGCCCAUGGAAUCCUUAUGAACCCACAAGAUGAAAUGGGAUACCUCCGUGUGGUUCGCGCCGCGCAGGAGUCAGUUGACUUCGUCGAGCGUAUGAAGGACUUUGUUCAUCCGCGACUUACCCCGCUUGUCCCAGUCCCUCGGGCAUACACUCUACCGUCGCCAUCUGAGAAUCCCUUGAACGCCUGGAGUCAUCGUGCUCAUAUUGAAGCCGCAAAACUCUCAGAGGGCACCGGCUUGUUAGUUGGCAAGACAAUUGCCAUCAAAGACAGUGUUUCGGUAGCCGGAGUGCCGACAACUUGUGGCACCCAGCCGUUCCAUCUAUGCGAGGACAAACCUGCUCCUAUUCCGGACAUCGACGCCCCUAUUGUGAGCCGGGUUUUAGAGGCUGGGGCGUUGAUAACAGGUACCUCGACUUGUGAAAAUUAUUGCUUGUCAGCAAUGUCUUUUACCAGCGCCACCGGCCCCGUCGAUAACCCUUGGUUCAAGGGUUAUUCGGCUGGAGGGAGUAGUAGUGGAUCGGCAGCUCUUAUCGCCAUCAAUGCAAUCAACAAAUGGCGAAAGUCGAGAGGUCUAGUUGUUAAAGGCUUAGGCGAAGGGGUAGACCUCGCUAUCGGCGGUGACCAAGGUGGUAGCAUUCGAGUUCCCGCUGCAUACUGUGGCAUUUACGGCCUUAAGCCAACACAUGGUCUAGUCCCUUACACGGGUAUCGCCUCGCUAUUACCCCUGAUUGACCACUGUGGUCCAAUGGCCUCUUCCGUCCGGGACACCGCGCUUCUCCUUACGGUACUCGCCGGCUACGACGGUUUCGACCCUCGCAUGACACCUGAGACACCCCUUCGAUCCGCAGUCCCUCAGUAUCACGCCCUUCUGGACGAGCAUAUCUCCAAACGAACCGCAGCUGGUACCUGGACGCCCCAAGCGGCUGCUCGCGGUCUACGCAUUGGCGUCCUUAAAGAAGCUUUUGAAAUCGCCGGCAUCGACGCCGAGGUGGCCUCCGUAAUCCGUAAAGCCGCAUCGCGCUAUACCUCGCUAGGUGCUUCUGUCGCCGAAGUCUCAAUCCCAUUACACCUCAUCGCACCCCACAUUUUCACGGCAGCAACCCGCGCCUACGCCGGCGACACGCUGAUUUUCAGGCCAGAAUCGGCAACCGCAUCGACCCUUCCCUUUCCGUUUCCUGGUGCCCCGGCCCCAAACCCCAAUCAAACGUGGUAUGACACAAUGACAUGGGCAAAUCCGCUCGUAGUUGGUGGACUAUUCAGUGGCGAAUUUCUGCUAGAUCGGAAAAGGUAUCCUGAGAGUGUCCGUGAUAAGGCCAUUCGACAUGUUCAUGAGUUACGCGCUGCAUACGAUAGGGCGUUGCAGGACUUCGACGUGUUGAUCAUGCCUACGAUGCCGACUGUGGCUCCGCGACAUGCGCCGGCGGAUAUGGGGGUUGCGGAAAAGGCGGGGUUCGUCCUGGCGAAUACGCUGAAUACGUUACCUUUUAAUGUUACUGGCCACCCCGGGUUGUCUAUGCCUGUUGGCUGGGGAAAAGUCGAGGGAGACGGAAAGGAGAAAUUGCCGGUGGGUAUGCAGAUUGUGGGAAAAAGAUGGAAUGAGCGGAUGAUAUUCCUCGCCGCUGCCGCUUGGGAAGUUGGUGGGCUUGGGUUAGAUGAGGAGUAGGGUGGAAGAUAAGAGUUGAAGGGGGGGGGU